GAACACUGAACAUCCGUAAUCGUCAAGCCCACCCCUCAAUCUUCAAGAGUAGUGUUUGGGCAAACCAUGCCUACCUGUACUGAAGAUCCUUCGAAAGAGCCCGAGCCGAUAAAGCUGUCUGCAUUGUCAAACGUGUCUGCAGGCCGCCAGGUUCCGCUCGUCGAGCUGUCCCUCCAAAAUGUUACGUACGCCCCCCUCACCACCAAAGCGUCUAGUAAUGGUAAAACGUCCGGUAGGAAGCGGACCACCGUCCUCCAAAACAUUACUACAACUAUUUCUCCGUACAAACUUACGGCUUGGAUGGGACCGUCGGGAUCCGGGAAAACGAGUCUCAUUUCGAUCGCCGCUGAUCUGACUAAAUCCGGCGAUCUCGUAGAAGGAAGCAUCAUAACAGUGAACGGAGAAGAAGGAAAAAUACCCAAGCGGAUUGUUGGUGUCGUAUGGCAGGAUGACCUUCUACUGACAAAUCUAACAGUGGAGGAGAAUAUUUAUUACUCUGCGCGACUAAAGACACCUGAAUCUUGUUCUGACGAACAAGUGAGUGCCGUCGUAUUGGAGACCAUGAUAGAGCUCGGUUUGACGGACAUCCGAAAUAGCGUAGUGGGAAGUCCACUAGGCGUAGUGCGUGGCGUUAGUGGAGGUGAACGCAAACGUGUUUCCGUAGCGUCAGAACUUGUGGUAAGGCCAUCCUUGUUAUUGUUGGACGAACCCACAUCCGGAUUGGAUGCAACAACGGCCCAAGCAUUGAUAGGAACCCUCAAGGUUCUGUCCAAUAUGGGCCACUCAAUUGCAGUCGUGAUUCAUCAACCCAGAACUACUAUUUACAACAUGUUCGACCACUUGUUGUUGCUUAGCCAAGGGUCAACCGUUUUCAACGGCAAUCCUUCGAAAGCACGAGAAUACUUGGAAUCUUGCCCCAUUGUUGGUGAAUUACCACCAGAGACAGGCUUGGCCGAUUGGAUAAUGGACGUGAUAAAAGAGGACGAGCAACGGCGAGAAGCUGCAAUGCUUGCGAGUCACUGGGCAGAAUAUAUAAACAAGGAGAGCGUUCAUAGUAUGAUCUCGGACAGCCUUCGUAAGACCCUGAGUCGCAGUAUGAGCAGUCUGCACGAGCUUCAUGCCGUUCCAAAGUUCAACAACAGCUUCCGCACACAGCUUAAGCUCUUGACAUCUCGCACCAUGAAACAGCAACGCGGCGAACGAUUGACAAUGACUGCUGUGAUUUUACAACUUCUGUAUUUGUUCUUUUCAGCUGUAUUGUGGUGGCGCUUGCCUAAUAAUACAGCACGGACGUUUGAGCGCAACUCCUUACUAUUCUUCAUGAUUAUUGCGCAAGCAAAUGGAAUUGUUAUUUCAGCAGUGACAGUCUUCCAGCGAGAACGAGCUCUGCUGAAACGAGAACGCGCGAAGAAAAUGUAUGGCGUGUCAAGCUAUUUUUUGGGAAAGACAGCUUCCGAUAUGACCAACAAUGUUUUGCUUCCUGUUCUUUAUGGACUUGUGGUAUAUUGGACCGCCGGAUUUCGACCUACGUUUGAGGCAUAUCUCAAAUUCUUUGUUGCUUUCUAUUUGACCUUGUCAACUGCUCAAAGUAUGGGGUUAUGGAUGAGCAUAGCAAUUCCCAAUAUGCAAGUUGCGCUUGUUUUGGCACCUCCAAUUACGCUCUUUUUCAUGAUAAUGGGCGGUUUCUAUAUCCCACUGCAAAACAUGAACCGUGGAAUAGCAUGGGCUAGCUGGAUAUCUUUUGCACGGUAUGGCUAUAGUGCCUUGAUCAUUAAUGAAUACGCGGGUCGAGACAUCCCAUGCUUGGAUGAUGGUGAAGCUUCUAUUGCAAUUGGUACAGGGGUGUGUCCGCUACCUGGUGAAGAAGUCAUAGCGAGUUUAGGAAUCACUGGUGUUGCUGAAAGCUAUUGGUUCAACAUUGGUAUGACCGUUGGUUUGCAGGUGAUGUUCCGCGUUGCUGCAUAUAUUUUUCUCAGGCGCGCAGAAUAG